UAAAGAAGGUGGUAGAGCAGGAUUGGAAUAUAACGCGAGUCGUUCUCUUGAUACAUUGUAUUAUUUCGUGAACUAUUCACUAAUUACUAUCGCGACAAGUAUUAGAAGAUGUCAAACGCGAUCGUUCCUUGUAAUUAUCGUAAUCAGCGGUUAACAUAACGCGGUUAACAUACGAUUCAUGAGUAACGGUUAUGAAAAAGAAACAAGAACAUUUUGCGCGAGACUUAUUUUAAAUAAUAUAGCGGGUAAAUUUUUAUUUUAUAUUUUUAUUGAUUUUUAUUAAUUAAUUUAUCGCAUCUUAGUUAACUCGAUAUGCACUAAUUGUGAUUAGAUGUGAUUCGUAAAACUUUUUGAACACAAAACGUAUUGAUUUCGAGAUCGAACGCUGUUAUAAGUUUUUUAAUUAUAGACGUAUUUAAUGACAUGCUUAAUAUAAUGACGUGUUUAAUGAUAGAUUUCAAUAUUUUCGUUCAAUAAAUCGGCGUUUGACAUUUGUUGAGAAUUUGUUAAAACGCGUGUUUUAUGUAAUUUAUUCAAUCAAAAUCUAUGACGUAUCGGCAAGAAACGAUAACAUUACCUACAGAUAUUAUAUUCUACGGAUAUUUACAUUUCAUUCUAACCAGUAUUUAUUGGCAACAAAUGUCGCAACUGAAUUAUCGUGGCGAGUGAAUUUUAAACAUCGAAUAGAUUAUAGCCGCGUGCGAUAAACAUCGAAAAUACCGCGUAAGUGCCACGCGAUCAUCGAAUUUGUUGAUUAGUGCCCGCAAUUGUAAUUAAUCGUGUUUUCGCGAGUGAAUAUUGUGCGAGUGUCAUGAAAAAGCAAUCGAGAGUGAUAAGAGAAGAGGAGAAGAGAAGGCCCGGGGAGGCAUCGGGCAACGGCAGAACAACCCUGAUAAUCAACGUUAUAUACCACAACUCCGCUGUUGCGCUUCGUGCCGUCAUGGUACGACUACAAAUUGCGAUGGGAGCCGAAGGAGUAUGGAGGAGUUCAGAUGUUGCACGUGCCGUCUGAUCACAUAUGGCGGCCCGACAUAGUGCUCUACAACAACGCGGACGGCAACUUCGAGGUGACCUUGGCCACGAAGGCCACGAUCUACCAUCAAGGAUUGGUCGAGUGGAAGCCGCCUGCCAUAUAUAAAUCAUCGUGCGAGAUCGACGUGGAGUACUUCCCAUUCGACGAGCAGACCUGCGUCCUCAAGUUUGGUUCGUGGACCUAUGACGGCUUCAAGGUUGAUCUAAGACACAUGGAUGAAAAAUCCGGGAGCAACGUGGUGGACGUGGGGGUUGACCUGUCCGAAUUCUACAUGUCGGUAGAAUGGGAUAUUCUAGAAGUGCCUGCAGUGCGGAACGAGAAGUUUUACACCUGCUGCGACGAGCCCUACUUGGACAUCACGUUCAACAUCACGAUGAGGAGGAAGACCCUCUUUUACACAGUGAACAUUAUCAUUCCCUGUAUGGGAAUAUCGUUCCUUACGGUUCUUACGUUUUAUCUGCCUAGCGACAGCGGUGAAAAGGUAACGCUCUCCAUUUCGAUUCUCAUCAGUCUCCACGUGUUUUUCCUGUUGGUCGUUGAGAUCAUUCCGCCUACAUCCUUGGUUGUACCGUUGCUGGGAAAGUACCUGAUAUUCGCCAUGAUACUCGUCUCGAUAAGUAUUUGUGUUACAGUAGUCGUUCUCAACGUUCACUUCCGUUCGCCACAGACGCACAAAAUGGCACCCUGGGUGAAGAGGGUUUUUAUACACAUUCUUCCGCGUCUUCUAGUCAUGAGAAGACCUCAAUAUAAAUUUGAAGCGAACAGGUACACUUCCGGUAGAGUGUUAAUGAGGACCGUCAGGGGAAAAGAGAAGACCUGCUAUUAUCCUUACCAUCCAUCGACUCAGGAAGACAGUGAGGAGCACCUCACACCCAAGAGAUUCCACAGCCGUCCUCCAUCAAAGGAAGACCUCUCGCCUUCCAGUCUUACAGACGGUGCGAGGUUUGGAGGUAGCUGCUUAAUUCACGGUCCUCCUUUACCGUUGCACACCGAGUGCGAGGAUCUCUCGGUUUCCGGAGACGGAGGCAUAGAGGAAGUCAAAAGUCCCGUGCUCCGAAGUCCGCCCGCUUUCUCGCACUCUCGCUGUCCGCCGGAAGUGCACAGAUCCUGCAUCUGCGUGCGUUUCAUCGCCGAGCACACCAAAAUGCUCGAAGAUUCGACUAAGGUGAAAGAGGACUGGAAGUACGUAGCAAUGGUUCUGGAUCGAUUGUUUCUUUGGAUUUUUACCCUCGCGGUCUUGGUAGGAACCGCAGGCAUCAUCUUGCAGGCGCCUACUCUGUACGACGAUCGAGUGCCCAUCGACAAGAAGUUUAGUGAAUUCGCGACCACGACGGUGGUCAAGUGUCCGCCCCAGUAGUCCAUGCCUGAGCCCUGCACCGUAGAGAAAGAUUAAGGAUCAGAAGCACGGACCCCUCCCCCGUCCUAGUUUUAGGAGAGUCCGCAAGCUCCAGCUCCUUAUCCUCAACGAUGAAAUUACGGCAAAAGGGCUCCGAUCUUACAAAGAAUGAACCGGAAGUAUAUGACCGGUUUGACGAUGAAUGGGACUCUAUGUUCCUCUGAGAGAAGAAAAAAACUGAAAGAAUGAGAUAAAAAAGUCAUCGAUUUAUAAAGAUGGUCUCGUGAAUAGAAGGCCGAGAAUCAUUGCUCCUUGAAAAGGAAGGCGAUAUACAUUGAAGCCUUGAAACGGGAGGACUCGAGAUGACGAAUCGUCGCUUGAACAAAACUGCACUCACAUCUAUUAAGAAAACUGCAUUUCCCAAAUAAAGGCGUUGACGAGCGCGAGAUUCGUCACAUAAACACAAACACACACACACACACACACACACACACACACAUACACACAGAUGACUUACAUACACCUACAUAGUCUGCUCAAGUAAAUCGUAAUACAAAGCUGCCACUAAUUAAUCGGGUAAACCUAACACACAUCAGACGAACUUUAUGAUGUAAGUAAUUUUAACGUCUCGAGAACAAAAGAGCGAGAACCGAAUCUUCGCCUAAACGCGCGCGAGCAAGUGUCAAGUAUCGUUCGAGUAGGGCUCGGAACCGAACGUGAAUUAAAACGUGAGUAAUAUCUUUUUUUUUUAAUCUAUACGUUAUAGAUUUAUUAUCUAGUAUGCGAGACGCAGCCAAUAUUGAAAACUGGACUCAACUCGAAUUAUACGACCGGCUUUUAAGGUAACAUUGUAUCGCAACGUCGAUCAUGUCGCGGCUGUCGUAGCAGCAUUUUACGCACACUGUUUACGCAAAGAAGUAGUACCGAUAUACAUAUAUAUAGCGAGCAUUUCUCUUUUUUAAACGUAGAACAUUUUUUAUACCAAACGCGAUAUCCUCCAAAUAAUUCCGUACUUUGUUACCGCGCGAUGCGGUACAUUUAUUGACACUUGAGAGUUGCAAGAGUUUCGCGACACAUGCAGCGGGAAUAAGAAACUGCAAUAGUGUACGCACUGCGUACGCGGUAUAUUUGAUCCGUACAUGCGCGAACGAUUCUUCGCUCGAGCAAACGCCGCGUUUCGCAAGCAUAUGUUUUGUAUUGUAAUGCGGAUCGUAAACCGCUCGCAUUACCCGAGUUAAUUAGGUAAUCACCGCAUAGCUAGUCGUACACAGAUUUAGAGUGUAAUCUUACUUGAAGUAUAUAACCAGUAAGUAAUUUUAAAAACGUACCCGUAUUUAUACGAGCACAUUAUAUAUAUAUAGAUAUAUUUAAGAGCGAUGGACGAACCGAUGGCGCGUCGGUAGCGCGGAGCAAUUAUAUUUUCCCUCAACUAUAUAUUCGUGAGAGGUUCUCAAUAUCCUAAAUAUUAUAUUUAAUCAACUAUAUAUGAUAUAAUCUCUCUUCUAAUAUUAUCAAUUACUAUACUUCCAUAAAUAAUGUCUCUACGCUUCGUAUCCCCAAACAUACUUGAUUCUUUCGUCCAGUGUUCUCGAUCUUUUCCCUCUAUCUAUAUAAGCGAUGUAAAUAUAUUUAUUCAGGCGCGUGCAAUUAUUUGUCAUUGUUUCCUGCAACUUCUCCGCGGUUCUUCUCCAAAAGUGGAGGAGGCACUGAUCGGGUGGACUCGCGUCGCCGACGCAUCUCGCGUUACCUCGUCCCGAGAAUAAGAAUAUAUUGUAUUUUGUAAUGAGAAAGGUGAAACACGCGAGAAUACUACAAUAAAGAGUAACUGAUAGUAUGGUAAGAACAAGUAAAGCAUACGAAUUCUAAAGCUGAUAGUUGUAGGGAAUUGAACGACCGUUGACGCCGUUGUUCAAUACCGGUAGUUUGUGGUCGUUGUCAUUGUGAAUUGUCAUUCAUAAUUUUGCCUUUUAUUCCAUUUUCCUUUAUAGUUACGCGUCAUGUAUGAUACUCAUUGUGGUUAAACGAUCAUUAAUCGCGAAUCGCAUCGUGCGGACUUUUGCUCGCGAGAGUGUAAUUCAACAUCGGAGAAUUUUGGAAUCUUCUUGUCUAAAUCGCAAUUACAAUCUUUCGUAUAUUCGAGAAAGUUGAAUAAAAUUUUUUGUAAUUUCUAAUUUACUUUAAAAUUGAUAAAGACAUUAAAUACAUAUCACUAAUUUAUGUAGAAUUAUGUUGAAGUUUCCAUUAGAUUAAUCGAAAGGAAAAUAAUCAGUUAUUAUAGAUUAAAACAAAAAAAUCGAUGACUAUUUUAUGCCGACAUUUACAUACGUAGAUAAAGCAUGAAGGAGUCGAAUUGCUCCUUCGAUCAACGAUCGAAAUUUGCAUUUCCGAUUCUCCGACGUUCUUAGAACUCUUAUUGUUAGUUGUAAUUAAAGAGUAAUUUUGCGCAUUCUAAGUACAAUGCCGUAGUACUUGGAACUGUAAAUAUAUAUAUACGUUAUAUAUAUAAUUAUGGCGAGGAAUAACGAUUCCCCAUUACUACUGCCAUUAAAACGCAAGACCGAUACUUUAGCGUUUUUAGGAGCUGUUACUUGGAUCGCUGUCGAUCAAUUUCCGGCAUACGAUCGUUCCUUGUAUGAUUGCCGAUCGAUUGGGCAAAUCAACCAGAGUAUAAUUAUUUCUUGUUUAGAUUCGGAUAAUUGUUUCUUCUUGAACGAUGCUCCGAUUGAUUUAUGCCGGAUAUUAUCAAGCAAGGGUGAGAAUACACGUGGUCGCUACCUGAUUGAAAAUCGUCCAGCGAACGCAUUAGAUUCGAAGGAAAUAAAAAGACGUACAUUUAGAAUAGUAGGUUCGAGGGAUUCUCUUAGCGAGAAAGCGAAACAAAUCUAUUCCGCACUAGGUCGUUAGGAAAACAACGCACACGUUUUCUAUAAUAGAGCUAUGAAUUUACUUGUUACUUGAAAUAACGCAGCGAACGGUGAUUUUCGAAUCGACGGCGAUUUUAUUGCAAAGACGACAUGAGUCUAAUUACGGCAAACCAGAAUAUAUGAAAAUCAUUUUGGUGUUUUAGUUUUUAAUAAACAGAAAAAAUGGAAAAAUCAUUUUUAGUUCGAUUUAGUUUUUUUAAUUUCUUCAAUAAUUUUCCAAUAAUCUUAAUUUUAUACUUUUAAUAAUCUUUUUAAUUUUAAAAAAAUAUGUCAAAUCACGUUACUUAAGUUUAACUAUAAUAAUAGUUAAAUGUUGAGAUAAUAAAAAGUCGGGACAACAAUUACACAGUUUUUCUGACAAAGUAAAGAUAUAUUAUAUAUUAUAUAGAAAAAAUUAAAUUUAAAAUAUGUUAGUAAGAUAUUUAAGUGUUAAAUAAUUUAUACAUGCGUAGUUUGUGUAUGUUUAAAAAAUUUAAAAACAAAUUUAAUUUUGCAUAAUAAAUUUCAAUUAUUUUUUUUUAAAUUAUUCUUAUUAGCAAAAAUUUUUUAGCAUUUUUGCAAUUUUUUUAUUAUCACAAUUUCUAUAAAAUUAACUUUGUAUUUGGACAAAUACAAUAAAGCUGUACUAUUAUUAAAAAUAUUCAUCGUCGACUGCGAAAAUCACGUCGAUAUGAUCGAAAAAUUCGAUUGUUAGAAUGAUUUUAGAUUACAAGUCAAGAAGAAAUGAAAGAAAGAUAGAGCGAAUGUGGUAGAUUUAAAUAAUAAACAAUUAACAGCAUAUUUUAAGAUGUAAAUAUACCAUGUAAAUAACGAAGCGUAACAGUAAGUAAAGGCUAUAAUGGUUGAGCCUUUUUUUACAAUUUUCAAAUGAUUAGAUAUUCUUUUAAAAAAUUUUAUGGGGCUCUUUAAUAUCGUAAUACCUUGGUAACAAUUACGCGUAUCACUUUAAAAAUUUUAAUUUUUUUUAUAUUAAUAUAUUUAUUAAUAUUAUUAUCCUAAAAUUAUAUUUAACUUUUAUUCGAUAAAAACGUUGUCAGAGAAGCUUGCUUUUUAUCAAAAAAUAAUGACAAAGUAAAUACCAUAAUUCAAAAUUUUCACAAAAAUGUAGAAGUUUUUUGGAUAUACUGUAGAUAAUUCAUAUACAAUUUAUUUACGUAAAGCUCACGCAAUUUAUCAGAGUAACUCAUUACGAAAAAAACAACCAAUAAUAUAAAACGAUGCUCUUUGACGAUAGAAUUAUGAAGAAAGGUGUGGCAGACAAAGGUAUAAUUUUUAUUUUCUAUAAUUUUUAUCACGUGAGAGCAAUUUUAUGUUAAUCUCUCGCCAUAACAUGGCAACUAUUUUACAACAAUAUUUCGUCAAAAACAGUUUUAUUUAGGCUUAAAAUUGCAAGCGGCAUAGCUCUUGGAGCAUACGUUUUCGCGCGAUCUCUUUCAGUCAUCUCGUUUCCGAUAACAACUUUCACAAUUGGUGCUCUCGACAAAGGAUUAUCGAAAUGUUGAACACCUCCAUUAAUUAACGUUUGAUCACGAGACGAGAAGAGCGUGGAAUCGAAGUCUCGAUACCGAAGUACGAAGUACUGCACAAUAUCGGCAUUAAAUGCAUCGAGUAGAACUAGCAUUCGAAAAAAAAAAAAUAACACUACGCAGGAUAGCAUGACCAAACAUAACGAACAGAAACGGAUCUAUUUGACGUGACUCGUUUGAAACGAAUACGAAAUUUUAAAAAUGCAGAAUUUGAUGAAAUCGCGUUUGUUCGUCGCGCACAAUAUCCUAACAAUCUAUAUUUCAUCGUGUCGAUGUAUAUAUACGAUCGUUUUAGAAUGUCGACAAUGCGCUCACAUACCACACUGAUAUAAUAAUGCGUCUGAUAAAAUUGAGUGAAUUGUAUGAAGACAAUAAACGAUCGAAAACUUUUUCAAGCAACUGGUUGAAGGGGUUAUUCAUAAAAUAAGACAACAUAUGCCUUGAAUCGAAUAAAGAAAAUAGCCUUUAUGUGCAUUAAUAUAACAAGUGAAAUAUUUCAGAUAACUAAUAAACUAUUGUAAGGGAGUUGUGCCGGAAAUCCAUUUUGAAGAAAAAAUACAGAACGCUUUUAAUGAAUCAUAGUUGACGUAUUAAUAGUGUGAGAAAAUAUUCAUGCGCGAUCAAUUCACAUUUUGUUAGAGAUAUAUAGAUGUGCCUCAUUUAAAAAAAAAAUAACCCCUUCAAUAAGAGAUUGGAGAAUAACAUAUUUUCGCGCGUUGUCUCAGGAUAAAAACGUGCUUUGGGACAAUUCUCGUGUAUAUCGAGAAACUUUUAUUUCCAGACGGAUGAAUGCGGAUUUAGCGCCAAAUGCGCUGAGAUUUAUUCAUUUAAUGUGAGAUUCUUUUGUUUAAUAUAAAUGUGAAAUAAAAACAUUCCAAUGGUAUUUAACGUUAAACACGACUAUCUAAUGUUUAACUUUACUUUUGAAACAUCACUAAGCGUGAAAGUUAAUAUUUAAUAUAAAGAAUAGGAAUGAAAAUAGACGGUCGUAUUUAGCGAUAAAUAUACGUAAUUUAUGUAAAGUCGCAUAUACCGUAUCGAUAGAUAUGGAAUAAGAAAAGGAUCGCAUUUAGCGCUAAAUAGCGUAGUGAGAUGCGGGCUGGAUGCAUCGCCAUAGUAUAUAUAAAAUCGUCGUUAUACAAUUACGCGAUUUUGAGAUCUCGAAGGAUUUUGAUGUAAGCGAAAACCGACAUAACGCGCCUUGCGUGCGCUUAAGAUCUCGAUUAAACAUCGGCCGCAUUAAUCUCUGACGGCCCGAGCCCCAUCCGAUGAUAAAUCAUCGCUUCCACCCUUAAACCGUGCGUGUUUGAUAGCUUGCGAAUAUAUACCGUACUUAACGCAUUUAACGAGUUAGACUAAAUGAGAAGUGAAGACAACAGUACGGAUAGAUUAUUGUAACGAUAACAUAGCGUGUUAUAAAACGAGCGUACCGUGUAGCAAUAGUGCGCCAUUAAUGAGCGAGAACGCGCGCGAGUGAAGAGUUUACGAUAAACAUUGGAAUAAUAAUUACCACAUCGUUAGAGAUACGAUUAUUAUAUAUAUAUAUAUAUCUAUAUCGUUUGUUAAAUAUGUACCUAAACACUAAUUAUACUAACGACCGUCAUUCUAAGGCUAAACGAUAUAAGGACGAGAUUCUUGUUGCUUGGUUUUGUAAUCAUGCUUGACAAAAGCAUACGGAAAAAUAAAACUUGUUGUCGUAGAAAAA